AUGACAGAACAUCCAGUGGGGAAAAAACGUCUUGAUUGUUGUUGUCCGGUUUCACUCGCUAUAAAUGCUUCGGUCGGCAAGCUCUUCAUCAUCUCAACGGCAACAAUGUGCACAGCUUUUGCUCUAGGAUUGAUAUUGCUAGUUACACUGACUGAACAGACCUCUGUAACUCGCACGAAACGACAGUGUCCCUGCGCCUAUUUCCCGCCAAGUUCCUGCUCUUGUCGAGCCUCCCUCACGCCUCGCUGCACCUGUGUAAGACCGAUUUUACAACCUUCCUGUGCUUGUUCGGUCCAGUCACAAUCUUCACUAUGUCGUUCUUCCUGUCAACGUUCCUGCAUCUCCACGUGUGCUCGUAGUUCACUUUCAUCGUCUUGUCCUUCAUCCUGCGCGUACACCUGCUCACAAUCGUGUAUGCCCCAGCAGGUGAUCCCGAUUCGGGUCGUGAUGCCGAAGAUAACCAUCCCUACAGAAUGCCUUCCAGUGUGCCAACAAAAUUGUCGAGAUUCGUGCUCUCUUAUUUUGAAUUCCAUCACCUGCAACCCCCUAUGUAAGCAGUCCUGUGUGAACAAAUGUGUGGACGUCAUUCGUGUUUUAGAACAAAAUCAACUUACUAUUAAAGAAACACAUGUUUCUGAAGUUCCGCAGUGUUCGACUGCUUGUAUGCCUUUAUGUGCACCUCAAUGCGUACAGGAACAAAAUAUACUCGUACAAGAACCUGUGCCAGCCCUCAGUCCAGUUGUUCUUCCUUCUUCUCAGUGCACAGCAGCAUGUAUGCCAAAUUGUGCAAAGAACUGCGUACAGGAACAACAACCGUCUGUCAAUCAGCCUGUUGUGUUCACUAACCCAUUUGCCACGGCUGAUAUCCUUCCUCAGCAACCAGCCAUUGGUCAAGAACCAUCACUGCUUCCUGACAAUAUUUCCACACUGUCUCCUCAGCUCCAGGAAGUGUUCGUGGGUUCGCCAACAAUGAGUCCAACUCAAAUCGCUACAGGGCAACCCCAGCAAUCGCCUUUAGAUAUUCCAUUCUUGAUGCCUGGCCCAGUUUCCACUGGAACAUCUCAACCUCAACUUCAAGAAGUCCCCACUACCCAACCAACACUCGUCUCUGAACAAGGUGCAGGAGAAGUUACUCAAUCAUCAAUAUUUGUCACUCCUCCAUCAUUGAUUCCCGGUCCUAUUUCACCCGGAGCGCCUUUUCCUCAAGACGCGACCAUAAAUCAAGUAAUAAUUGAUGGUCUGGCUGCAGCAUCAUCGCAAUCUCAACAGCUUAAUCAAGGUGCUUCUACAUUUCCAAUUAAUUCAAUUCAAACGCCGGGUCAGCUUCAAUGCGUACCGGCAUGUAUGCCAAAAUGUGAUCCGCAAUGUAUCCUGGAGCAAGAGCUGCUGCAAUACGACUGGUCGCAAAUGGCCACUGGAACAACACCUCAGCCUAAAAGUGUUGGAAUUAGACCUCUUAAGGUGAACAUAGUCAUGGAUGAUCCGUCGCAGUCGUAUCCUAAGUGUAAGUACGGCUGUGCACAACAGUGUGCUCAACAAUGUGGCAUGCGAUCAGAUCAAGAAUAUUGCCUGAAAAUGUGCGAGAAUUCCUGCGAGAAGUCUUGCCUGUCAAAGGCGUAA